AUGACAGAGGCGAUUGAGGAGCCAAUCAAAGGAUCAAUCGUGUUGAUGAAGAGAAUAUUGUAUGCGACGGCCAACAGCUCAACCAAACUCUUUGGUGCCAUUUCAAAUGGAUUUGCAGUAUGGUCCAUGGAUGAGACUUACCUUAGGCGAAGAGACGCAGAGGAAAGGAUCAAGGCCAAGAACAUUGGACAGGGUCUACUCAUGGGCACCAAAGGUCUGGCAAUUGGCAUCUUUGAUGGCAUCACUGGCAUUGUGACCCAACCCGCCAAAGGUGCCAUCGAGGAAGGUCCACUCGGAUUCCUCAAGGGCAUUGGCAAGGGUAUAGCAGGAGUAGCAAUCAAACCAGUAACUGGUGUUUUGGACUUUGCCUCGAGGACAUCAGAGGGCAUCAGGAACAACACCAACAUCAAGCCUGAGCGACAUAGAACACGUGUGCCACGCUACAUCAACCCAAGAGAGCCAAUCAGAGAGUACGUGAACGUUGAGUCCGAGGGCAACUACUUGCUGCGUCAGAACCAAUCCAAGAUCAUCAAGCAGCAGUUGGCCAAGCGACUAGACUACAAGUUCCACAUGCUCCUCUCGGACUGCAUCAUUCUGCUGACGUCAUUGUCGCUGGUGUGUCUCUCCAAGAAGGGCCAGUACCAAUGGUCGUUCCCUCUCACAGAGAUUGCCCGCAUUGGCCAUCCCAAGACCACGGGCAAGACCUACCUCAACAUCCAUCUGAAGCGACACGUCAAGUUUGGUCUGUUUGGUCCCAACAAGAACAAGGUGGCGAUCAAUUGUCCGAACGAGUCAGUACUGGUGCAGCUCGACAGUAAGAUCAGAUCAUGUCUUUUCAAGUCCUAUGACAUUGACCUCAACUCUGAUGAUCAGGAUAUAGUAGAUGAGAGAGAUAAAUCAAUUACAAUAAAGUAUUAA